AGUAGCAGAACGCAAGCGUAGCCUUAAAGCUGGUGGGACUCGUUUUCUGGGCAAGAGUAUGUUUUGACAUUUCAGAACACCAGUCCCUCUGGACUUCAUCUUGACUGUGAAGAGAGUGUUUGCAUGUACGAGUGUGCAGGCAUUUUGGGUGUGUAUGGAGCUUUGUAGUAUGUUUACGAUCCAGCGUAGACUAUGUAGGACAGCUGCCUUAUUUCCAGCAGCUCCUGGCUACUCCAGAGCCGCCUCUGGUAGACGGGACGGGAAAGAGGACGGAGCGGCACUGAUGGAGCCGGCAGUGAAAGGGUGCGUCUGACGUGUUCUGUGACAGACAGAUGGAGACUGGCAGCGAAGGAGGGAGAAUAUGAGGGCUUGUUGACAGCUGGACCUCAUCAGCAGUGAGGGCACAGGGCAGGGCAUUCUCUCUCUCGCUCUCUCGCUCUGUCUGUCACUCCCUCUGUCACUCUUUCACUUCCUCCUCGUCGCUGUCCUCCAUCAUGAAUUGCGGCUCACGACAUGUUUUUCCCGCUUUCCCCCCCUUCCCUAUAUCUCUCACGCGGAGUGCCGUCACCGCUAUUUGUGUGUCCGCGUGUGUGUGACAGCUGGUAUCCAAGGGCAACCCCCUUCCCCCCCAUCCCAAGUGGCUAUUUGAGUGGUCGUGCUUUCCAUGACAUCGGCCGUGAGCCCGGAGGCAGGGCUGCAGUGGAAGUUCCGGUAGGUUCCACCCGGAGAGCGGUGCUAGGAUAGCACGGCGUCUGUGGACGGCGUCACAGUGACAUUUCAAUCUCUCUUCUUCCUCCAAAUGGAUGACUGUUGAGAGGAGGUUAAACCCUGGCAUCUGUUGAGUGUGUGUGUGUGUGUGUGUGUCCGCCAGACUGAUCAGCUCUCAGCCGCUAAGACUCGAAGCAGAAGAUUCCUGCCACUUGGCAGAUUUCAGCUCCUGCUCUCUGUAUGUCACGCUUUAAUCCUUCCCCCCGUGUCGCACUGUAAUCCUUCCCCUGUGGAGCCAUGCUGACGGGGGUUAAGGUUCCAGCAGGGGUCCCCUUGACCCACUCCCAUAGAGUUGGACUGGAUCAGACCAGACCAGACUCUCUCUGUCCAUCUCUCUGGUAGAGAGGACAGUCAGUCAGCAAGACUCCCUAUCUCAGCUGACCAACACUGACCUUCACUGCUGACCUUUCUAACCUCCCAGCUGCACCUUUGUCAGAGUAAGGGACUGAGCCUGGGGGGGGGGGAGGUCAGUUUGGAAUUGAGUUAAUGGUCCAGGUCGCAUUCCAAACUGUCCCUCUCUUCCCCCCUCCCCUUGUGACCUUUUGCAGGUCUUCCGAGGACGGGUUGGGUAUUAGUGACCGACCUCAACGUGGUGUCCUUCCAACCCAGAGGAAAUUCUAUUAUAUCACGUUGCUAAGAGACCCCGUGUCGCGAUAUCUCAGCGAGUGGCGACACGUGCAGAGGGGCGCCACAUGGAAGACCUCACUGCACAUGUGUGACGGGCGGACGCCCACUCCAGAGGAACUUCCCGCCUGCUACGAGGGCUCUGAUUGGUCCGGAUGUACCUUGCAGCAGUUCAUGGACUGCCCGUACAAUUUGGCCAACAACAGACAGGUCCGCAUGCUGGCAGACCUGAGCCUGGUGGGCUGUUACAACAUGUCCACGGUACCAGAGAAGAAGAGGGCUCAGCUGCUGCUGGACUCGGCUAAGAAGAACCUGAGGGACAUGGCCUUCUUCGGUCUGACGGAGUACCAGAGGAAGACCCAGUUCCUGUUCGAGCGCACCUUCCGCCUGCGCUUCAUCCGGCCCUUCAUGCAGUACAACAGCACGCGGGCGGCCGGCGUGGACCUGGACAACGGCACGGUCCAGCGCAUCGAGGAGCUGAACGAGCUGGACAUGGAGCUCUAUGACUACGCCCGGGACCUGUUCCAGCAGCGCUACCAGUACACCCGUCAGCAGGAGCGCCGCCUGCAGCGCCUCCGCAACCACAACCAGAACCACCGGCAGGGCCUGGCCGUGGGCCUGUGGCCCUCCUCCCGCGCCCGCCAGACCUCCGUGGGGCCCCGCCCGGGGGAUGGCGAGGGGGACAGGGAGGACCUGGAGGACGGGGGCAGGACGGAGGAGACGGGGCCCAGGCUCCCCACGGAGGACUACAUGAACCAGAUCCUCAACCGCUGGUAGCAGGAGAACACACACAUCCCCGGGCUCUCACAAGCAGGCCUGAUACACGACAGACUCUGACUGACGGAUGGACGGACAGACUGGAGGGAGACGGGGGUUAGACGUGGGGACUGAAUGCAUCUGGAUCCCCCCCCCCCAUGUUCUGCUCUCGUUUGGAGGUUGACCCAUGCUGACAUUCACCCACCCCCCUACCUCGCCAGACAGGAAGAAGAGGGGACUUGGAGAAGUGCUGACGACCAACUGUCAUCCCUCUUUCCUUGUGUCCGCAUCCCCCUCUCCCUAGUCUCUUUCUGUCAGUGGCCUGAUAUACAGCCCCAGUUAAGGUUUGGGACCGCUCAGUCCCUCACAAGGGCAAUUUCCUUGGAUGUAACGCACUAACCAGAGAGAAGCUUGGGACUCUCAGACUGUAAGAAGGUCCUGUAUGGGCGAAGCUGACUCGCUGAGUUUUAAAAUAAGAUGCUAUAGAACACAGACUUUACCUUUUUAAGGGAGUGUUGAACGACAUUCUGUAAAAAAGCUUUUUUGCUUAUAAAGGUACACCUACAUUUCAACUAUGAAUCUGCUUCUGUCAUGAAGGGUGAUUAGCAUCCUCAUUUUAGGACGAUUAUGUUUUAUUUUGUUUUAUGCUUUUUUUAAAGCAGAAUUGUUAUAACACUGAGACCAAUUAUGCUGCCUAAAAGAAAAGAAUAAUUCCUUUUCUUUCUUUUUUUUCACAUUGUGUUUUUCUGUUUAUAAAUCAAUUAUAAUCGACGAAUGGACGUACAAUGGACCAUAGCCAUUACUGAAGCCUUCUAAUAUGGAAACACACCUGUUCCCCAGUUCUGCCUCUGUUUUCACAGCGGACCCUCCAACUGUGACUCAGGCAGGGGGGGGGUUCUCUCCAACGUAGCCCAAUCUGGCAACAUGGCUGCAUUAGAACAAAGAAGAGACCAGGCUGUUCCACGGCCCAUCCCACUGAUCAGACGAAUGUAAGAGCUGGGAAAUCUAGAGCUAGGCGGUUGCCGUGGUGCUGGUUGGCUCCUUGGGAUGGCCCGUCAGAUGGUCCUCCUCAAGCCACAGGGUCAACAGUCGGGGGGGGGGGGGACUCUGUCCCACAGUCAUGGUUAGGAUCUGGAGCAACAGUCAUGGCUAGGAUCUGGAGCAACAGUCAUGGCUAGGAUCUGGAGCAACAGUCAUGGCUAGGAUCUGGAGCAACAGUCAUGGCUAGGAUCUGGAGCAACAGUCAUGGCUAGGAUCUGGAGCAACAGUCAUGGCUAGGAUCUGGAGCAACAGUCAUGGUUAGGAUCUGGAGCAACAGUCAUGGCUAGGAUCUGGAGCUGUCCCUUGAUAUGUCUUUUAAAAGUAGCUCUGUGCCCCAAGUGUGAGAGGGGGAGUCACCUGACUCUUAAGGAACAGAUAGCAUGGAUGGUCUGGGGGCAGGCUAGUAGUGCCUAUGACCUUAGAUUAUACCACAAUUUCCCUGUAGACUACUUUUGUGCGAGUAUGUGUGUGUUUGUGUGUAUGCGCGUGUGUGGGCAUGUGUAAGCGCUAAUGUGUAUGUGUAUAUACCAUAGUAUGUACAGAAUGCAUCUGUUAGGCAUGUGUGUAUGACUAUGUAAAUAAGCGUGUCUGAGAGGCCAUUCUUUUAUUUUUUAAUUUUUUGAGCGACUGACAGGUUCCAUGACCAAUAGCCUGCCAUUAGAGGGGUGGAGGUGAAGCUGAUUGGAGCCGAACGUUGACCCCAUAGCUCCCAGUGAUGUCACAUAGUGAAUAAUAUAACUACGGUCUAAUGGGGCUGUUCAUGUAGCUGAAUACAAUUCAUACUCCAGGAGGAAUAAUCACUUCUUGUGCAAUUUGGCCCCUUCAAUUUAUUCUUGAGGUGAAGUUGGAGAGAAGGAUACACAAAAAAGGCUUUAGGUAGAUUAACCUGAACCCCUCUCCCAGAACAGGUUCAUUCUGCUACCAAGUCCAACUCUUAACUAGAUAGAGUCAGCGAAUGCUGGUUCUGGACCAGUGGUGAGGGCUAACUGGUGCCAGUUUAACCCAGCUAUGUCCGAUGCAACUGCGAAAGCUACAAUUUAAGUCCUUUCCUUUCAAAUGAUUCCAUUUCAUACUGUAUACUGUAAACUGUAAUGUUGAGGAUUCUCAUAUCUUAAAACUGAUGUCUUAAACAUUUGCUUCAUGAAAAUGAACUUGAUUCCCCCUCCCCUCUCACAUCGUUGCAGUUUUCUACACUGUGUGUCUCUGAACAAAGUGAAACAGAUUCAUGUUUGUGGUGUGCGGACGCCAUCAUGGCUCUCGCUUCAAAGCAGCAUUCUGGACAUGUUUCUAAUCAUUGCAAAAAUGGAUCAUCAAGCCACCAAUAAAAGAAAUGUACUUUUUAA